AUGCCCUGGUCAGCUGACAGGUCAGCUUCUCCUGUCCCAGCCAUCUCGGGCCUGGGCCGCUCACGCUCCCCCAUUUCGGCCCUGUCCUGGUGGCAGGCGCCCGCCAAUGCCUGGAACCUGUCCACCUCAGCACGCUUGGAGUCCCAUCAGGCGCCUCUGUCCCACGGCCCACUAGAGGCCUUGUUCUGGGGAGACCCCACACACAGACAGGGAGAGACCAGGAUCCCCCCUUCCAUCAACCCGGACAUCCAGAAGCUUCUGGAGAUACUCACCACCAAGAGAACAGAACUGAAGUUUUGGAAGGAGAAGGAAAAGUCAAAAUACCAGCUGACGUCUUUCGGGAGAAUGCUCAAGUCCCCACCUGACGGGCAGGACACCAUGGGCUGCCCACCCUUCUGGAGCAUGAGGGGCAGAGCGAAACAGCUGCUCGGUCCUGAGAAGCCCCCACAUCCCAAGAUUCCAGGGGACAAUUUGGAGCAGAAAUGCAGCCAGCUCUUCUGGGGUCUCCCCUUUCUGCACAGCGAGUCCCUGGUGGCCACUGUCAGGGUGACCGAUCCACCACUGGAUCUCCCAUCCGUCAUAUUCAAUGAGCUCUCUCAUGCCUUGCCGCUCCAGAUUCAGCUCAGCCCCAGACCCAGGCAAGCCUUGAACCCUCUGUCCCAGUCGGACCGCCUUCUCUGCCACCGGAUGUGGGGAGCUGCGAGGUGUCUUGCCCUGUAG